AUGGACUCUCCUACGAAAUUGAAGGCUCCCAAGCCAAAGAUCGAUCUCCAAUAUGCCGACCUUGUCUUUAUUGGCUGCUACUUUGUGUCGGGCAUGCUCGAUAGCAGCGCCUACAGCGCCUGGACAUGCUUCGUGAGCAUGCAGACGGGUAACACCGUCUUCCUGGGCCUCGGCGCAUCCAACCAGCCAGUGGACAAGCCCUUUGGCUGGCUCAAGUCCCUCAUCUCCAUCUUCUCUUUCAUCGUCGGCAGCUUCAUCUUCGCCAAGGUCACCCAGGGCCGCAACCUCGAGCGCCUGACCCUCUCCGUCUCCUUCGCCGUGCAGGCCCUCUGCAUCAUCGUCGCCGCCGUCCUCCUCGAGACCCGUGUCGUGUCCUCCGCCCACGAAGUCAACUCGUCUACGAAGACCCUCCUGCUGCCCCUCGUGCCCCUGUUCCUGCUUGCCUUCCAGGCCGGCGGCCAGAUGGCGGCCAGCCGAGGCUGCGGGUUCAACGAGCUCCCCACCACCGUUCUAACGAGCGUCUACUACGACAUCUCCUCCGACCCGAAGCUCACCGCGACGCCGUCCAAGAACCUCAAGCGGAACAGGCGCAUGGGCGCCGUUGUCGCCUUCCUCGUUGGCGCCAUCGUCGGUGGAUGGUGCUACAAGGGCAGUGGCUCGCUUGCGCCCGCGCUCUGGACCUCUGCUGGUCUCAAAGCUGCGGCCGCCGUGGCCUGGAGCUUCUGGAGGCUGGAGACUCCAGGUGCUCUUGUAUGA